AGGAGCUGGUGGGCUGAUGCGCGCGUGUAUGAUGACUACACUGAAGCGAACAUAUUUACAACACAUCAACUACAUCAUAAAAGCUCUGAGAACGACUAAAUAAAAUUCAACUUCUUUAAAAAAAAAAAAAAAACCCCGCUGGAGAUCUAAAUGACAGCGACAGCUAGUAGCAGAGACCAAAUGAGUGCGUCUCUGAAUGAUUUGAUGCGCUGUCUGCCAUCACACGGAUUCUGUCUGGAUGAGACCCCCGCAUCAGUCUUCUCUCGUGGGGAUGUGGGGGUUCGUUCUGACCAGUUCAGUGGAGGUAGCUUGAGCACCGAUAGCUUCGGUGUGGAAAAACGGGACCUUGAACUGACAGACCCGAGCAAGUUUUCUCCACACAGCGCGACUGUCGCCUACACAGGGAAGAUUUCCAUCGACGCGCAUGGAAGCUGGAAUCAGGAGGGAAUAAUCAACUUUGUCAGCGCAGGAGUGCAAGAUAGGCCACCUUCCCCGGGAUCAUUCUCCACGGGCUCCCCGUCACACCCAGACUGCUCCAAAAUAGCUCAAACCCUUGCCAACAUGGAGCAUAUGUACACAGGCCCGCCCCCUUACACCUGUAGUGCCGAUGGUUACCAGGACCCCUCGGCUUACCUAUCGACCACCACGUGCCCCAUAACUUACGCAACUCCAUCCUACUCAACCCCAAAGCCAUCUAUAGACGGGACGCUUUUCUCCAUCAUUCCAGACUAUGGGGGGUUUUAUCAGGCCAGCAACAGCCAAAGGGACAACAUGGCUGUGUUUCAGGACAUCAAGCCAUUUUCGUGCGCUUUGGAGUCUAUCAGAGUCCCCCCACCUCUGACUCCCUUGAACACCAUUAGAAAUUUUACGCUGGCGUGUCCGGUUGACGGGCCGAGGCCGCCUGUGGAUUGCACCAAUCCGCAAAGCGUCCCACUCAGGCCGAUUCUGCGGCCACGGAAAUACCCGAACCGACCGUGCAAGACGCCAGUCCACGAGCGGCCAUACCCCUGUCCGGCGGAGGGAUGCGACCGGAGGUUUUCACGCUCGGAUGAGCUGACGCGCCACGUGCGCAUCCACACCGGCCACAGGCCGUUCCAGUGCCGCAUCUGCAUGCGCAGCUUCAGUCGCAGCGACCACCUUACGACGCACAUACGCACUCACACCGGAGAGAAGCCCUUCUCCUGUGACUUCUGCGGCAGAAAGUUCGCCAGGAGCGACGAGCGAAGGAGGCACACAAAAAUCCACCAGAGACAGAAAGAUAGAAAGGGGUCCGCACCUCCUCACAGCUCGAGCGCCGGCGGUACAGCGAUGUGAGCUACAGUUAACAAGCUCUGGCUGCUGGGAUAGCUAGUCGUUGUCCCAUUUAAACCUGGAACUUGUGUGUGUGUGUGUGUGUGUGCGUGCGCACAAAUAUACGAAGGCAGCUUAUGAUUUAAGUGUUGAAUGUGGUCUUUUGUAGUAUCUAGACAACGUCCUUAUCAGAGAAUAUUUCAUGUGGUGCAAAUUGCAGUUGUUAUAAAUAUAGUG